CAGGGGAUCUGCAUGCCCAGGGGAAUGGGGUGCAGGGGGUGUGGGUGCCCAGAGCACCAAUACCCCCAAGAGGGGUGCACCCAUCUCCCCUGGGGAGAGGAGCUGCUCCCUCCACAGCCACACCAGGGACACCCCAAACCCUUUCCCUGGCCGGGGGCUCCCCAGCAGCCCCUCCCCACCCCCUGCAGCACCCGGGGUGUGGGUCCCCCGACCUGCUGCUCCCGGGGCUUUAUUUCCUGGGCUCCCAUGGAAGCAACGAGUGAAUCUGGGUCAUGGCAGGAGAGAUUGUCCCCAAAAAACAGCCUGGGGCUGGGGCGGCUCCCUGGAGCGUGACAGGCGCUGGGGGGAGCGACGUGUUUUUCUUGCUGCUGCAGGGAAGAAAAAAAGGGGUGAAACAACAUGUUUUGGGGGGGGACAACCAGCCCCAAACUCACUGUUUCUGGGAAAAAUGAGUUAAAAUACUAAAUGCUCCCAGGGCUGUGGGGCUGGGAUGGUCCCUGUCCCCACGGUGGGCUGAGGUGGGUUUUCCUGUUCUCCCCGGAGCCCCAUUUCACACACAUACCCAAAAAGCUGAGGCUUUAGUGCCAGAAGUGGAUCCCAGGGUCGCCAGGAGCCCGCCUGGGGGGUGGAAUCUGUGGGUGACAUGGGUGAUGAGUGGCUCCAGGGAGGCUGGGGUGACCCCCUGAAGGGGAAGGAGGGGUGUCUGGGGGGUUUUUGGAGGACGGAGACGUGUUGUUGCCACGCCUGACGUGUCCCGUCCCGGCAGGAUCACAUCCAGCAUCGCCGGGAGGUCCACGUGGUGAUGGGCAACGAGGCCUGUGACCUGGACUCCACGGUCUCGGCGCUGGCCAUGGCCUAUUUCCUGGCCCAGAGCUCCCCGGCUCCCGGAGCCGCCUUCGUGCCGGUGCUGAACAUCCCCCGCGCCGACUUCGCGCUGCGGACGGAGACGACGUUCCUGCUGCGGGACCGGGGCGUCCCGGCCGCCUCCCUCAUCUUUCGGGAUGAGAUCGACCUGGGGGGGCUGCACCACGCCGGGCUGCUCUCCCUGACGCUGGUGGAUCACCACGUCCUGCCCGGUGCCGACGCAGCCCUGGAGGAGGCCGUGGUGGAGGUGCUGGACCACCGGCCGCUGGAGCGGGAGCGGGGCCCGCCGUGCCGGGUGACGGUGGAGCCGGUGGGCUCCUGUGCCACGCUGGUGACCGAGCGCAUCGCCCAGGGCCCCCCGGGGCUGCUGGACAGAACCACGGCCGCGCUGCUGCACGGCACCAUCCUCCUGGACUGCAUCAACCUGAGCCCGGCCGCCGGCAAGGUGACACCGCGGGACGUGGCGUGCGUGGCCCUGCUCGAGGAGAGGUUCCCCGAGCUGCCGCCCCGCGACAGCGUCUUCGGAGCCCUGCAGGCGGCCAAGUUUGACGUCUCAGGGCUGACGACGGAGCAGAUGCUGCGCAAGGACCUCAAGGUGAUCUCCGGCGACGAGCUGGUCCUCGCCAUCAGCGGCGUCUACGUGGACCUGGAGACGUUCCUGCUCCGGCCUGGCUUGCUGCAGGACCUGGACGCCUUCUGCCAGGCCCGUGGCUACGCGGGGCUGGUGGCCAUGACCGUCUCCUUCGACGAGCGCCACGAGCCCACCCGCAAGCUGGCCGUGUUCAGCCGGUGCGAGUCCCUCCGCGGCACGCUGUGCCGGGCGCUGGAGGAGGCGACGGCGCCGUCCCUGCACUUGCAGCCCCUGCCCAGCCCCUGGCCCUGCGUGGGCGCCUUCGCCCAGGGCAACGCCUUGGCGUCCAGGAAGAAGGUGCUGCCCAUCCUGCGGGCAGCGCUGGGCGGCGCGGGGGCCGCCGGGGGUCCCGAGGAGGAGGUGGUGCCCCCGCCCACCCCCAUGAACAGCCUGGUGGAGGAGUGUCCCCUGGCCCAGGCCGUGCCCCCGCUGUGCCCCCAGGACGUCCUGGAGCGGGUCAGCCGCAUCGCCACGGGGCAGCCCCCCGGCUCCCCCAAAUAACGCCGGGCACCCCGCGGCUCCGGAGGGCUGGAGGAGAAGUUGGGGGUCCCCUGAGCGGGCCCUGGGGGGUGCCCGGGCAUGGGGGGGGGUUGCAGCCACCUUGGUCAGAGCUCAGCUCCUGCUCCUCGGUGUGAGUUGUGCCCCCAGCGGGCUCCCCAUGGGCCCCCAGGGUGGGUUUUUGGGGGCAGCAGUUGCACGCACUUAGCGAGGGCACUGGGGGGGGGUUGGUUUUUAACGAGUUCUUGAUGUUCUUCCCUCCCCUGGGGGGCUGUGAGGGGGCCCUGGAUGCCGGGUCCGGACACGCAGCCAGCCCAGGACUGUCACCCACGUUUUCCAAGGAUUAAAUUUCCCUUUUCUUCCA